AGCACAUGGAUCCUGAAUAAGUUAACAACUUUUAACCAGUCCUAACUUUGUAAAAAUGUUUGAGUAAACUGCGUAAAACUUAAUUUUUAAAUGUGGGCUCUCUGGAUGGAAUUUUUUGAACUUUGUCGAUACAAAAAAAUGAACUAAUUUUGAGGAAUUGGUAAAUGAGUCACUGUGGUUUUGAUAAUAUUAUUAACCGCCAUGGCUAGUCAUGAACAAUUUUGAUUAAUAGCAAUACUGUGGUGAGUAUUCAAUGAAGUUAAUCAGUGAUGUGCGUAUGUGAAACCACACACCACACUUCUGCAUAAAUUUAACACUAAAAUCAAUAUAAAAACUGCCCUUCUUAUGUAUUUUUACCAUUCACAAGCAAAGGUGCACAAUGAAAGUUUUAGCAAUAUUAAUUUGUUGUGUUUUAAUGGCAUCAGCCAGUUUGGACACGUUCCACCAAUUCAAACAUCAAUACGGAAAAACCUACACAUCAAAAGAAGAGGAGAGUUUUCGUACAGAUAUCUUCUUGAACAACCUCAAGGAGAUUGAACGUCACAACUGGAGGUACGACCAAGGCUUGGAAUCGUACAGGAAAGGUUUGAACCAAUUCGGCGACUUGACCCAAGCCGAGUUUUCGACCUUGCUAAGACACAACGCUCAGAAACCAAAACUCGGUGCCAGUCUUGUUACUGAGACGUCGAAGCCUGCGCCAGCUUCGUUGGAUUGGAGGAAGAAGGGUGCGGUUACUCCAGUUAAGGAACAAGGAUUUUGCGGUUCAUGUUGGGCCUUCAGUGCUACCGGGAGUAUGGAAGGUGCCCACAAAAUAGCCAAAGGCAAACUGGUGAGUCUCAGUGAACAAAACCUGAUGGACUGCGCAUAUGAAUCCCGGGAUCCUUGCGCAGGUGGCCACAUGAUUAAAGCCUUCGAGUACGUCAAACAAAACGGCAUCAACGCUGAAAGCGACUACAAAUACGAAGCUAGGAACGGGACCUGCAGAUUAAACAAGAAGAAAAUCGUCUUAAAAAUCAAAGGAUAUGCCACAACCAAACGGGACGACGAACAAGAACUGAUCAAAGCCAUUGCAAAUGUUGGUCCAGUUUCUGUUGCCAUUCACGCCACCGACAACCUUCAGUUUUACACUUCUGGGUUGUUCACGGAUGGCACGUGUUCCAAAGACAAAUUGAAUCAUGGAGUUUUGGCUGUUGGUUACGAUAAUCAGUCUAUAAUUGUCAAGAACUCCUGGGGGACGUCUUGGGGUGAGUCCGGGUAUGUUAGGUUCAAGCGUGGCUCCAAUUUGUGCGGCAUUGCUUCUGACACCAGUUUUCCCCUUUUGUAAAUUUUAAUUAUUAUUUUAUGAAGCUAAUGAUAUCACUUUUAAUUAAAACACUAAAUUGAAGUAACCUUGGAAGAUUUUAAUAAUAUAUUUUAAAUUUAUAAAUAACCCGGUGUUGGAUUCAUAAAACUAAUUGAAAGAGUUGUAUUUUCACCCUUAUUUAUCGGAA